GGAUGUCUUGACUCCGUUGUCUGGGAUUGGACACUCGCCUGCGGCGCUUGAUGCGGGUUCAUUGACUCACCUUGCGAGUCAGGGUCAGGCUAUGCAGACUACCAUGAUGGAUACGUCGGGCAUGCCAGGCGCGACUGGUUCAAUGUUCCCAGUUCAGCCGGAUUUGCAGCAAAUGCAACAACAGAUAUCCCAGCAGAUGUCAGAACAGAUGGCAGCACCACAGUCUAUGCAGCAGGCCAUGCAGCAGACUUUCGAGCAGCUUCAACAGCAGCAGCCUCAGGCGCAACAACAGGAUAUGCAGACCUUCGAGCUACAGCAGCAACAGAUCGAGCAGCUUCAGCAACUCCAGAUUGCGGAGCAUAUCCAGCAGCAACAACAGGCGGAAAUCCAAGCUGCGAUUGCGUUUAACAAUGAGUUCCAAGUCAUGCAGGCCAUGCAGCAGCAACAGAAUGCAAUGCAAGCACAGCAGCCUCCCAUGGACGCGAUGCAAAUCGAUAUCCAGGCUCAAGGGUUCAAUGUCAACGGCGCCACGCUCCAACAGGCAUAUCCGGACGUUAACGUUCGUCAGAUACCUGCCGGAAUGAUGCCCAUGGACACAACUGGUUUCGCGCCGGCAGCGGACCAGUUUGCGGCUAUGCAACCGUUGGAUAUGGAGAUGAGUAAUGCCCAAUUGCAGGCUACCUUGGCUAUGGCGAACGUGAAUGGGAUGGGUCCGGGUGCUGGGGAACUGACUGCUGAUGUCAGCAUGGGAGGGUUCGGGGAUCAGACGUCUUGAUAUAUUUUACGGGAACGCUGAGCGACUGAACAGGAAUACCGCGAAUGGAGAGGGAAGAGGAGGGGUGGAUCGGAGCAUGAUUAGGAAGGAU